AUGUCUGAAAGUCAAAGCCACAUCAACCCGCUCCUUCUUUCAACUGAAACAGCUGGGGAUACUUAUCUCGUUAACCCCCUCACCGGUACAUCUCAAGACGGAGUCAGCCCACUUCAUGAAACUGUGUCUACAGCAGCUCCGUCAACCACUCCGUCUGCCAGUCUUCAUUCCCUUGCGCCGCCUCCCGAGUUAUCUUAUAGGACCCGGUCACAACUAGAUGACGCUGUUCAAAAGUGGGCGUUGGAACAUGGCUAUGCCAUCAAUAAGACAAACAUUACAACUCACAAUGGGGAGGAUCGGGCGACGGGGGUUGAUAAACGCAAGCCAACCCCCCUUGCGCACGCCAAACUGCACGCCAGGCGCAGAUUGGCGUGCACGCCUGCACGCCAAUCUCCCUCCCAUAGGACCCAGGCAUGGGUCCUAUGGGAGGUUUUUUUUUCUUUCAAAAAAAAAUUCUUUCAAAACAAAAAAAAAGAAAAAGAAAAAAAAAGGCCUACACGUCGACCAGGAGGAAUCCCUCCUGGUCGGCGGUACAACCUCGCCGGCCGGGAGGAUUCCCUCCAGGUCGGCGAGGUUGUACAGCCUCGCCGACCAGGAGAUUUUUAUUGCGGGUUUCCAGAUGGAGUGCUACCCAAUGGAUUGAAUGUGGUCAAGUUUUCAGCAAUGCACGAAUUCCAAAACAUUCAUGCUAUCUCGAAGCAAAAGAUUCAUGAUUUCGUGCGCGGGCACUUCUAUGGCCAUUAUGAUUUCGACUUGGAUAAUACACUUUACUUCUUUACAGCCGGGCGGUACGACUACCGUAACAAAGGAGUGGAUAUGUUUAUCGAAUCUCUUGCUCGUCUCAAUCAUAAACUCAAGACGAUGAAGUACAAAAUCACAGUCGUAGCGUUUAUCAUUAUGCCAGCAGCGACUCAUUCCUACACAAUUGAGGCUCUCAAAGGCCAAGCGGUUACCAAGCAACUCUGA